AUGAGCACAAAUACAACAACAACAAAUGCAACACCAGAAUUAGCAAAAGAAUCAGUAUUUUUUCAAUCAAAUCAUGAAGAUUUAAAGAAUAGACCAAAAGUUAGAGGUUAUGAUUUUAAUGAAGGAGUUGAUUUUAGUAAAUUAUUUGAAACAUAUAAGACGAUUGGUUAUCAAGCAUCAGCAGUUGGAGAAGCAAUAGAUGAAAUUAAUAGAAUGAUUUCAUGGCGUUUAGUUGAUGAACCAUUAAAAGAAGGUGAAGAUGAUGACGAAGAAAGAAAAGUAACCAGAUGUAAAAUCUUUUUAGGAUAUACAAGUAAUUUAGUAUCUUCAGGUGUUAGAGAGAUCAUUAGAUAUUUGGUACAACAUUCAAUGGUUGAUGUUAUUGUUUCAACAGCAGGUGGUGUUGAAGAGGAUUUCAUUAAAUGUUUAGCACCAACCUAUAUGGGUGAAUUCCAUUUAGAGGGUGAAAAACUUCGUAGAAAAGGGUUGAAUAGAAUUGGUAAUCUUUUAGUUCCAAAUGAUAACUAUUGCAAAUUUGAAGAUUGGAUUAUGCCAAUUUUAGACCAAAUGGUUGAAGAACAAAAAACCAAAGGUACCGUUUGGACACCAUCUCGUGUUAUCAAUAGAUUGGGUAAAGAAAUCAAUCAUGAAGAUUCAAUUUAUUAUUGGGCUUGGAAGAAUGAUAUCCCAGUUUACAGUCCAGCUCUUACCGAUGGUAGCAUUGGUGAUAUGAUGUAUUUCCAUAGUUACAAUACUCCAGGUUUAGUAUUAGAUAUCAUUAGUGAUAUUCGUGCAAUCAAUAAUCAUGCUGUCUAUAGUAAAAAAAGUGGUAUGAUCAUUUUAGGUGGUGGUGUAAUUAAACAUCAUAUCUGUAAUGCUAAUCUCUUUAGAAAUGGUGCUGACUAUUCCGUUUUUGUAAACACUGGUAAUGAAUUUGAUGGUAGUGACAGUGGUGCUCGUCCUGAUGAAGCCGUCUCUUGGGGUAAAAUUAAAUUAGAUGCUAAACCAGUAAAAGUUUACUCUGAAGCUUCAAUUGUUUUCCCAAUUUUAGUUGCUGAAACUUUUGCUAAAACUUUUAAAAAGAAAUCACCAGAAGAAUUAAAAUUAAAUAAAAGAUCAAUUUUUGAUUAA